CGUGACUGUUGCCCCUGGCGGCUGUGCCAUAACAUCCAGUCGCUGUUGUCGAGUAGUCUGCUCGUCCAUGAGUCUGCUGCUUCGAGUUUAACAUCACUAGCAGUAACAGACACAAUAAUGGAUUUCAACGUGAAGAGAUUUGCGAGCGGUGCAGGAGUGUUUUUCACGCGAGCUGUCCAGUUCACAGAGGAGAUUGGGCAGGCGGAGAAGACUGAGUUGGAUGCUCACUUCGAGAACCUGAUGAGCCGUGCAGACUGCACCAAACACUGGACUGAGAAAAUUUAUAGACAGACUGAGGUCCUGCUGCAGCCCAACCCAAGUGCCAGAAUUGAAGAGUUUCUCUACGAAAAGUUGGACAGGAAGGCACCAUGCAGAAUUACCAAUGGAGAGCUGCUGGGUCAAUAUAUGCAGGAUGCGGCAAAGGAAUUUGGCCCUGGAACUCCUUAUGGGAGUACCUUGAUGGAGGUUGGGGAUUGUGAGAGAAGAUUAGGAGCAGCAGAGCGGGAGUUCUUCCAGACGUCCGCCAUCAGCUUUCUUACCCCCCUCAGGAAUUUUCUGGAAGGAGACUGGAGGACCAUUUCAAAAGAACGGCGCCUUCUGGAGAAUCUUCGCUUGGACCUGGAUGCCUGUAAAACACGUGUGAAGAAGGCCAAGGUGGCUGAGGCUAAGGCUGCGUGCGAUGGUGAAACGGCUCCAGAUUUUCAGGAGACCAGACCUCGCAACUAUGUGCUUUCUGCCAGUGCCUCUGCGCUCUGGAGUGAGGAAGUGGAAAAAGCUGAACACGAGCUUCGAGUGGCCCAAACCGAGUUUGACCGCCAAGCAGAGGUUACACGGCUGCUUUUAGAGGGCAUCAGUAGUACACAUGUAAACCACUUGCGCUGCCUGCAUGAGUUUGUGGAGGCCCAAGCAGCUUACUAUAAGCAGUGUCAUUUCCACAUGCAAGAACUCCAGAAAGAGCUGGCCAGUUCUGAUCAGGACGUGCUUCCCAAUGCAUUUGCGCUGAACUCCACUAACUCCAUAGCUACUGCGGGCUCUGCAUCAGAGGGCAUCAGCCGCCCUGGGGAGACAGACACACUGAAGAUUGAGGAAGUUCAGGCACCAGCGACAGGAACCCGCAAGGCCAAAGUCCUUUAUGAUUAUGAUGCUGCUGACUCCAGUGAGCUCUCCCUUUUAGCUGACGAGCUCAUCACAGUUUACACAGUGCCAGGAAUGGACUCUGACUGGCUGAUUGGAGAGAGAGGAAAUCAGAAAGGGAAAGUGCCUGUCACAUACCUGGAGCUUCUCAGCUAAAGAACACACACACAUUGAGACACACACACACACACACACACACACACACACACCACACGCAUGUGCAUGUGUGAGUAUCCUGAAGCCAUGAGGAUAUUUCAUUCACUUCAUUAAUUCCACACUCUUACACUAACCUGUAACCUUGAAUAGCACUUCUCCACAGAAGCAUUAGCAAAAGUAAACACCACACACACACACACACACACACACACACACACCACACCACACACACACACACACACACACACACCACACACACACACACCACACACACACACACACACUCUCAUUUGUGUGCCUCUCAGAACACACUGAAGUAUAAUCACAUGACACGGACCGCAGUGAUAAUGGAAACAAUGUUACAAUGUGUGCAGGAAAUGUCCCUGUGGGGAAUAGUUAACAUUCCUUUUAGGUAUGUUUGGUGGAUUAUUAUUAUUGUUAUUAUGAUGAUGAUGUUUUCUUAUUUAUUACAUAUUUAUUGUACAUCCCAAUGGUUCAGGUAGACCUUCCUCACUGUUUUCAGACUGAUUUCCUUUGAAAUAAUGUUGAUUUGUUUAAAUGAAAAAAAAAAAGUGUCUUUAUUGUCUCUUGAAGCUGUCGAUGGAGUUUGUCUUCAGAAGGCAGCGGUACAGAUGAAACAAGCGUGGUUAAGCAUGCCUCAUUGAUUCUCCCAGUUAAAGGGGUGAUGACAAUUCUUGUCCUCUAAUUAUGUCAGUUAAGUACAGUUUAUCUCUGUGUGACAGAUACUCCUCGUUGAAUAAGUGAAAACAGACAUGGGCAAACGUGUUAUGUUCUGUUGCAUAUGCGUUUUCCUGAAAAAAGGUUUAUUUUAAUUCCAUAACUGAAAAUAACAUAAGACUCCUUCAUAGUUUUUCAACAGAAAUGCGUUCUGUGUUAUUCCCCUUUCUUCAAAAUGACAUAAAUAGAUUUGCACUUUUUGUGUGUUUCUUGUUUUGUUUUAUUUUUAUUCUCGAUAAAAACAUUAAAUAUGACAAACACUUAAAAUGGCAAAUAAAGGUUUUUUAUGAAUUUGUUUUUUAUCAUUCUAUUAUUCUCAACUCUUUGGAAGCAGAUUUGCCUUAACUGCUAAUUAAAAAGAAUGUAUCUUCUGUUAUUUAAAGUGACAACUAUAUUUUGUGGACAGUUGGAUGGAAAAUUACAGCUACAGCUUUGCUCUAUUGAGUCAUGGCAUUCACUUGUUUUGAUUAGACUUUAUACCAAAUGGGCUUUUUUUAUUUUGCCUCUCACGCCUUUCCACGGCACUGAAGAUGUCACUUUUAAACAUAUGAACACCUGUGCAGCAAAAAAACAUGAACACUUCCAUCCUAACUGCCUUAAGAUGAUGGGUAGGAACUGCUAGGGCCAUCUGCUGCAAACAGGAGACUGUUCUCCUCACAAAAAAAUGUCUAGAGACCUAACGUACACCACAUACGGCAUGCAAGACUCCCGACUUCUUUUAAUCAUGUGUGCGUGUUUGUGUGAUUUUGGUUUUUCCCUAAGUGUUUUUUGAAUUUGCGCCUUUCCUGUUUGUUGCUGCUUUGUCUGUUAAUACGUGAAAGUGUCUUCGCUCUUAGUGCUGCAUGUGCUACAACUGUGUGUGUGUGUGAGAACUGGAUUAACAAACUGUUUGCACAGAAACUAAUGUGCUCUCUCACAUCCAGUAUGUGUGCAUGCAAACGCGCUGCCUUUUUUAUUUUAACUACUCAGUUUUUGUGAAAUGAGAAUAAUGUUUGCUCAAACUAAUUUCUUACCACUUCUUAAUGGGGGCUAAUGAUUUGGUACUUGGCAGACUAAUAUAAUCCAUGGCACGUGUGCUGCUCUCUACUCUUGUGCUCAUUUCACAAACUGUAAAAAAAAAUGUUUUUUUACUAAAACUGUUGUAAUUCUGUUUACCUCAUCUUGUAUUAUAAAUAUUAUUAUUAUUAU